AUAAGCCCUACCAUUCUGGAUUUGAAAAGCACAUUGUUGUUGCAUCAGAAUCAGCCUUUAGGGUUCUCAUUGUUCGUACCUUUUCUUGCUCCGUCGAUAAACUCUUCAUCAUGAAUGAGAGGAAAUUCACAUGGGUUAUCAGAAAAAUCUCUUCUUGGGAGGAUGGGACUUGGGAUGGUGAGACGUACUACUCUUCCCGCUUCGCCGUCGCCGGCUGCGCUUGGCGUCUUUCUGCUUACCCGAGUGAAUACAGUAAUGCCGAUUACUUAUCCUUGUAUCUGGAACUUGCGCCUGGAUCUUCACCACCAGGAUGGACAAAAAACGUGCAAUUCACCUUCAGUCUUAUGUGUAAUCUCUGGACGAACCCUAUCAAAGUAUCAGGAGGGCAAUGCUGUUUCGAUGCAAAGAACAACAUUUGGGGUUUUGGUAAGUUCUUGUCGCUUGACAAACUUCGUGAUGAACGUCGAGGGUUUCUGGUGAAUGACAGCCUCGUUGUGGUCGCUGAAGUUAAAGUUUUUCCGGCUACUGUUUUGCCACUGGGACCUGUGAGUAUCACUGCGUUGUCUCAGAGUUGCAAAGAAGGAUAUCAAGCUUCUGAUGCACCUGUCGUCAAAUCCCAAGUGGCGCAAGAAACUGACGAGAAUAAUGUUGAUGAUGAUGAUGAUGCAUCUGAAGAGAGUGUGGACGAUGAUGACACGUCUGAAGAGAGUUCGGAUGACGAUGCAUCUGAAGAGAGUGCGGAUGAUGAUGACACGUCUGGAGAGGGUUCAGAUGAUGAUGCUUCAUCUCCUGCUUUAGAUGAUGAAAAGGAUGAUGCACCUAAAAAAGAUGUUGAUGGCGAGGCUGCAUCUCUUGUUACCAGUGAUAAUGCGAGAAAUGGAACUUCUCUAGACCAAGUGAAGCCCUUUGAGGAGAAUGGUGAGAAGGGGUUUAACACUGUGCUGGCGUCUGUUGCUGAGACUUCUAAUGAUGUGCUUCGUCAGGAGAUUCAACCUGUCAAGGAAACAAUGGAUGUCAAUGGGUUUGUGGUUUUGGCUUCUCAGGUAGAAUCUGUUAAGCGUAUAUUCGAGAGACACCCAGACAUUGCUGCUGAUUUCCGAGCAAAGAACCAACGAAUGAGGCAAGCGUGUAUGAGUUUCCUGCUGAGCUUAAUAGAGACGUUGUGCCAGUCACUUGAGGAACUCUCCAAUGAGGAUCUUGUGGAAGCGGACAUUGCGCUGACAUACUUGAAAGACGCAGGCUUUAAGGUUGAUUGGCUGGAGAAGAAGCUGGACCAACUAAAGGAAAACAAGGAGAAGGAGAAGUCUGGUUUGGCCCGGCUCCAAGAGAUAGAGGAAAGUCUAGCGAAGCUGAAGCUACAGUGGUCACUGAUGGAUGAUCUUGCAGAGAUGGAGAAGGCAGAGUUGUCAGCCACCAGAACCGCUCUGUCUUUCGAUGAUCUUGUUUGAUUGAUGACUUGUGUUUUUAGGCAUUUUUUGGUUUCGAAAUUAGAGGUCCUCUUGUAGGGUAAUUGAACUUGUGUUAGUGAUGGUCUAUCAGAGCUUCGGUCAUCGUUUUCCUUUAUAAAAACGUUGUGAAUGAAACAGAGGAUUUUGGAGAGUUCAUUGACUAUGUUUUCGAAAUGAUAAAUACCC